AUGAGCGCUGCAGGACUCGCGAUGCGAUCUCGCUUUCUCGCUCGCGCCAGCGAGGCCGCUGGCCAGAUCGCAGGUCGUCAGCCUUUGACACUCUCUUCCUCUCCUUUGAUUACUGCCAUGCCUCGUGUCUCUCCUUUCUCGACCUCCGCCCCUUCCUACUGCGCCAACCACAAACCCUCCGCACCGACCACACAAACUAAUUCCACCGACUCGGACUCUACAGACAAGUACGCCGCUGGUCUGCGCAAGAACAAGGACUGGGCUGCCCAGACCGCUCGCGAGCACCCCGACCUCUUCCCUACCCUUGCCAAUGGCCAGCAGCCCCAGAUCCUGUGGCUCGGCUGCUCUGACUCACGAUGUGCCGAGACCUCCAUGCUCGGUCUCCUUCCCGGUGAUGUCUUCGUCCACCGUAACAUCGCCAACAUUCUGCACCCCGGUGACCUGAGCUCGGGUGCCGUCAUCGAAUACGCCGUCAAGCACCUGCGUGUCAAGCACGUCGUGGUCUGCGGUCACACAUCCUGCGGUGGUGUCGCUGCCGCCAUGGGCAGCAAGCAGUUGGGCAUCCUGGACCCCUGGUUGCUGCCUCUGCGCCAGGUGCGCGAGCGCAACCUCGCCACUCUGCAGAAGCUCUCGCCCGACAAGGCGGCUGAGAAGCUGGUUGAGCUCAACGUUCGCGAGAGCUUGAACGUUGUGACUCAGAAGAGCGUCGUGCUGGAGGCCAUUCAAGAGCGUGGUCUCGAGGUCCAUGGUCUGAUCUACGACGUUGGCUCUGGUGUCCUUCGCGAGUUGGAUACCUCCGACUCGGAUGAGGCUAUCAAGGCCCGGUUGGUGGCUUUCAAGACCGAGGCUUAA